AACGUUCAUUCACGACUCUGACGUCCUACUAUUCAAGUUUUGUGAAUCCGAGUUACAUUGACUGGAAAUUUCAUUCAGUAAACAUGGAUCAACUAGUACCUAUGAUUUUAAUCAGUAUUUUAUUAAUAUUUAUUACUGAUAUUACGCCUGUUUUAUCGUAUGAUGUUGACGAACAUGCAUAUGUAUUAUACCGAAAAAGCGAAUUAGACGAAAUUCCAAAAAGCCUCUCGAAAAAUAACGAUACUUGGAUAAAUGCCGCUAUGUCUCUUCAUGGUGCACUUCAAGAUGACGAUCACUACGAAAUCAUAGACAUAUUGAUAGUUAAAAAUUUAUUCCACCGUACAUAUAUUGCUGAUGCAUAUUACAGCCAAUUCCGAACGCAAUUGAAGCUUGAUGUUAGAUCAAAAUUAUUCAGAAGCUUUGGAAAUCUAAUGGCAGCGCUUUCAACGCCAGAAUUGGAGUUUUUAAUUGAGGAAAUUCACAAUGCUAUUCAUCAAUAUUCAGAAUCGAAUAAGAAUAUUUUUCUAGAUAUUUUCUGUCGUCGGAACUACAUGGAGAUCGAUAAAAUAAAAAAUUCAUAUCCUUUGAAUUAUGGAAAGGAAUUACCCGAAGAUCUUCUAAAUAUACCUCCAGGAGACUUUCAAGCUACACUAAUCGAUUUUACUGUAGGAGUACUGAGGACAGAUGCGUUUUUGUCGUUUGGUUUUGGCAGUGGAAAACAAUCUCCGUCAAUUUAUCCUCGUGAUCCUUUAUCACUAUGUACUGAAGGUGUAUAUGACUAUUAUGCAAAACGAUUACAUGAAUCUUUACAACAAAAAGAUCACCAAAGUAUCACUAGACUGAUGGUGAUAACUGUGAAUGAACAUACACUUCAUCACAUUAUUGAACGCUACAAAGAGCUUUACCACGUCUCAUUUCGAACCCAAGUGCAU